AUGUCAUAUCAAGCUCAAGAAGACACCGGGGUUCCAAUCCAGUUCAAUUCUGACCAAAUACUGGAGCUCUCUGAAAGAAUCCAAGACUUAUCAACAAGAAAAGCGAAUUUCGCAGAUCGUUUAAUCGUUCUUAUAGCUGGUGUUCCUGGGUCUGGCAAAAGCACCGUUGCAUAUAAUGUGUGCAAGGCAUUGAACUCUCAACAACUCAAGACUGAAGUGUUGCCACAGGAUGGAUUUCACUACUAUAGAGAAGAGUUAGGGAAGUUUGAUAACCCAGAGGAGGCAAUUGAGCGUAGAGGAGCCCCAUUUACAUUCAAUUCACGAGCCUUCUUGAACCUUAUCAGUAAAUUGAAUGACCCCACAAAUAAAAACAUCGACAUCUUGGCACCUUCAUUUGACCACAAGCUAAAGGAUCCAGUGGAAGAAGAUAUCCAGAUCUCGGCUGAUACCAAGGUCAUAAUCAUUGAAGGAAAUUAUGUCCUACUUAAAGACCCUAUUUGGUCUGAGAUUAGCCAUAUAGCUGACGAUACUUGGUACGUAGAAGCUUCCAGCGAAGAAGUCCGCCUCGAUAGAAUUAUCAAAAGGCAUUUGGCCGCUGGAAUUGCAAGUACAGUAGAGGAUGCAAGAGCUAGAGCAAUGGGAAGUGACCAAUUAAAUGCAUCGUACAUUGUAGAAAAUUCACAGACUCCUAACGUCAUUGUCAAGAACUGA